AUGGUUGAAACAGGCAACACAUGUGAAAAUUAUCCGGACGGGUGUUUAUAUAAAGGUUGUAGUCCGACAUACUUGAUAGGCCAAAGCAAUUAUCAAGAUGCAGGUGACGCAUUGGAGCUAUACUUAGUUGGCAAUCCUGAUCAAGUAGCAAUAAUACUCGAGAUUUGUUUUCGAAUUGCUAUUUGGCUUUGUUAUAGCCGUGAUUUAAAUUCUUCGGUUGAUCAGAGUAUAGUACAAGCAUUUAGACAGAUUGCAGCAAAAACGAAUGGUGGCCAAAACGACGCAGCCUAG